CGCCCUCUUGCAGAGCAGGGAUAGCGGGAUGGGCAAGCCGACCGAAAACGGGAGGGUAAGCCGUUGUGGCGUGAGAUUGCGGGUGUGGCAGACAGCAGAAUAUCGAGGACGAGAGUGGGGGUUUAGGGACGAAUGGAUUGCUAAGAGUGGCUGAUUAUUGGAGCAAAAAAUAUGUGGAAUCCUCGAUUGCGACGACACUGGGGAACAACAUCUUCGAAGCGCUAUUCUAGAGUGGUAAACAGGCCGGCGCUAUGCCUGAAAGGGGGAACUGGAAAUCAUGGGGCAGCGCACCCACGCGGCAGUUGCAUGAGGAUGGGUAUUACAAGGGUCCUUUGAGUUUUUUUUUCUUUCGGAGAAAAAGGAGAACAAGAAACUCCGUUCUACAGAAGAGCAAGUCGAGGAAGAACUUGGCAGUAUCAUUGCAAAGCGUUACGCGAUGACGAUGGGGAUUUUGCUUGCUUGCCCUGUUUUGUUCCUCUGUGCUAGCGGGAUCGACUUGGGCUAGCUACAGUAAGCAAGUACCAUUUGUAUUUGGAUACGUUGUGACUGUGACACUGGGGUUAACUUGUAGCUUAGCUUGCCAGCUACUAGUCUCAAGUUGACUACUGUCGCAAGCGAGCAAAGCAAGCGAGGACCUGAAUGGACAGCCCGGCGUCCCAUGUAAGGUUUGCUAGCUCACCAAUUCACUUACUUGCUACGGCUACGAUACGUACCACAGUAGCAUUCUGGACGACACAGAAAGCAACGCCAAGUACGCGGUUCUUGCAAAAUCUCCGUCGAGUUGCACCCUCCGGGAACAUUUUUCUCUCGUGGCACUCGCCUGGCGCAGCCUGCGCCAGCCUGCAAGAGCGUCACAUUGUGAACGGAUGCAAGCGAUGAUAAUCGGAACAACUGUUGUCCUGGCGCGGACCAAAGUUGUGGCGGAUCGGCGCAAUUGCCUGUGCCUUACCUUGCCUUGCCACGCCGCGCUAGUAACUUUGAGGGUGGUGUCACUUUUUGCAGCAAGGUUCUUCUGCAGCAGCCAGGGAUCCUUUUUUUCUCUCUCUUUUGUCUCCAUCUCCUAGCAUAAGGUUUGCGCCGCAGGCAGAAUAGCACCAAGCAUACCAUUCGCUCACCUGCAGCAAGCUCAUCUCCGGUUCUCUGCACCGAUAUGUAAGCUGAACGGGGGUCAAGUCCCGUUAUUGGGGGCCGAGCGGAGUGGGCGAACCAAACAAAGCACUUGUAAUUAUCCGUGUUGGAUCAAUUGGAAGCGGCGGACCUUAUUCUGGGCCUUCAAUAGUCGCUAUACGCUGCGUGCAUGCAUGAUGGGAAGAUGCAUUGCAUGUGCUGCUUCAUUUACAGGCACAGCCAAGUAUUGGAAAGGCGCCGGCAAGGCUGUCAGCUAGCAAGCCACCCUUCUUGUGGCGGUGUUUCACCGAUUCAACAACAACAAAAGUAAUGGCACCGCCCAAGCCAACGCGCAUUUAUCCAAGUCAAUGAGACAAGUCCACGUUGGAGUCUGGUGGCUGCCAAAGAGAGGAAACAGACGAGAUACUCUCUUGGUUCCAUGUAUAUUUUUAGUAUCCCUCAAUUGGACGAGGGCAUUUGCCAAGGGCGAAAACAUAACUAAGGUUUCGGCCCCCAGAGCCUGUGUGGUGUUGCCGCAGCCCGGUAUGCCCAGUCUUUGCAUUCCAGUCAAGGGAGCAACGAGUAACAGUUGCCUUGAUUUGUUUCUUCUUGGGAAUGCCUUACUAGCCUUGAGGAGAAAGUUUAGCGACGGGGUUUAAGAAAUGGCAAUUGUAUUUAAAAAGCAAGGAUGCCAGAGCAGUUCUCGAAGCGUGGUUCUCUUCAUCAUUGCCUUUAUCAUCGCAAAUUACUUCUCCAGAACAACAGUCGCUUCUAAAACACCAAUCCAAGUCCAUUAGUAUAAUCAGACUAAACAACAAUAAAUUCUACCAUGAAGGCGGCCCUCAUCACUUGCCUUGCUGCCUCGCUGGCUAGCUACGUGUCGGCAGAGACUCUCCUACGAAGCACCGAUCUCAUCCACGACCGCACCGACGGACCAGCUCGCCAAGGCGCUGGUGGCAACCAGGCCGCCCACGGAACUGCCUAUCUUUCUGACGAAGACCCAACUGCUGUUGUCGAAGUCAAGGCUACGGCAACCAAGUCGAAGAACAUCGUCAGCGCCGGCAAGCUAACCGAUGCCGACCUGAAAGAUAUCAUGGGCGACAAGUACGGCCGAUCUUUCAAAGUGGUCCUGCAGGAUGGCAAUGGCAAAGAAGUCGGCUUUCUCUCAGGUACCUUUGACAAUGGCCAGCCCAAGUUGAACCCUCUCAACUUUAUCCCGUCCACCAAUAAGGUGUACGAGACGACGAUUAUUGUCAACGACACAGACACCAAGGUCAUGGACCAGCAGCUAAACAAUAUUGAUUACCACGAUGCGCUUAGCAUGGUAGAUUACCACUACGGCGAUUAUUAUAUUCACUUUACGAAUGAGGCGCGCAAGUUGAAUGGCUGGAUCAAUGGCACAAUACAGCCCACAAACUAUGGUUACCGAUGGGGCUACAAGUAUGUAUAGAGAGCUAUUCAAUAGUAUAUUGGCCAACUUUACUAUAUAUCUACCAUAGACGGAGAUGUUUUUUUUUCAUUUUGUAAUAAUAAUAAACAAUAUAAAAAUGCAAAAAUGCUAUCAGUAUACUGUUCGAUUUAAUAUAUCUAUGCG